UUGAUUUUUGUUGCUCCUCAGCUGCAGUAACGUCUCUGUCCAGCAGGGCGGCGCAGCGCCUCUCCUCUCUGCUCUUACAGAAGAAGAAGAAGAAGAAGGUCACAGUGCGCAUGCGUCUCACUGAACCGGUAGUUUCUGACGGUCAACAUGGUCCCGGUCCAGCUAGACUCUCUCAGACUGUGGCCCUGAUGCUCCGGCCGUUCCCCCGGAGGCUCCGGCCUCUCUCGGCAGCCUUAUGGCGCUCCUUCAGCGGCCUUCCUCCGCCGCUUCCCGCCGCUCAGGUCCGGUCCACCUUCCUGGAAUUCUUCCGGGACAAACACGGACACCUGCUGGUCCCGUCCUCUCCGGUCCGGCCCAGAGGAGACCCGAGUCUGCUGUUUGUCAACGCCGGUAUGAACCAGUUCAAGCCCAUCUUCCUGGGAAGCGCAGACCCCCGCAGCCCGAUGGCGUCCUACCGCCGGGUGGUCAACAGUCAAAAGUGCGUCCGCGCCGGCGGGAAGCACAACGACCUGGACGACGUGGGCCGUGARGGGUACCACCACACCUUCUUCGAGAUGCUGGGAAACUGGUCCUUUGGAAYCUACUUCAAGGAGGAGGCGUGUCAGAUGGCGUGGAGCCUCCUCACAGAGCAUUAUGGGAUACCUCCGGACAGGCUGUACGUGUCUUAUUUUGGCGGGGACGCUGCGUCUGGACUCCCAGCAGACCAGGAGACCCGGCACAUCUGGCUGGAUCUGGGGGUUCCUCCUGCUCGGGUCCUGCCCUUUGGACUGAAGGACAACUUCUGGGAGAUGGGAGAUACCGGUCCCUGUGGACCCUGCACCGAGGUCCACUACGACCACGUGGGAGGCCGAGACGCUGCAAGCCUCGUCAACACAGGCAGUCCAGAUGUGGUGGAGAUCUGGAACCUGGUCUUCAUCCAGUACAACAGGGAGGGGGACCAGAGUCUUCGUCUGCUGCCCCAGUUCAGUGUUGAUACUGGAAUGGGACUGGAGCGACUGGUGAGCGUCCUGCAGGGCCAGCGGUCCAACUACGACACGGACCUGUUCCUGCCACUGAUGCACGCCAUCCAAGAGCGGUCCAGAACUGGGCCUUACUCUGGCAGGAUGGGGACAGUGGGUGAGGGACAGCUGGACCUGGCCUACAGAGUUGUAGCYGACCACAUCCGAACUUUAUCGGUCUGUAUUGCUGACGGGGUCCAUCCAGGGAUGUCAGGAGCUGAGUUGGUGCUYAGGAGGAUUCUGAGGCGGGCCAGUCGGUUCUGUGUCGAGGUCCUGAAGGCCCCGCAGGGAGCACUGGCCAGCCUGGUUCCUACUGUCACUCACAUGCUGGGUGACGUGUAUCCAGAGCUGUCUACCGAGGUGGACCGGAUCAUGGACAUCAUCAACGAGAACGAAGCUCACUUCCUGUCGUCUCUUCAGCAGGGCAGCCGGCUGAUCCAGAGGACUCUCAGCAGCAUGGACUGCAGAGACCAGCUGUUCCCUGCCUCGGUGGUCUGGUCUCUGCACCGGYAUCUGGGUUUUCCUCUCGACCUGGUAGACUUGAUGUUGGAAGAGAGAGGUGUCCAAGUAGACCGUCCGGAGCUGGACCGACUGAUCACAGAAAAUCAGAAGGUGGUGUCAGAGCAGCAGGCAGGUGUCCCAUCCCGGUUGACGCUGGACGUCCUCAGCCUGGCGAAGCUGCAGGGUCUUGAUGUCCCGCCUACCGAUGACAGCCUGAAAUACGAGUACCGAGUGGAGYACAGGCGAUACGUGUUCCCAGAAUGCCGAGCGAGGGUCCUGGCCUUGUAUGAUGGUCUGGACCUGGUUUCAGAGGUCUGUGAGGGUCAGUCCUGUGGAGUCAUUCUGGACCGGACCUGUUUCUACUCAAAGCAGGGGGGUCAGUCACCUGACCGGGGCUACUUCACCUGUGACCGUCUGCAGGAUGCUCUGUUUCCUGUGGAGGCUGUGGACCGGGCCGGGGGGUACGUGGUCCAUCAGGUGACUGCAGUCAACAGGCUAAAGACCGGAGACCGGGUCCAGCUGCACCUGGACCAGGCCCACCGGCUGUCCUGCAUGGUCAAACACACCGCCACACACAUCCUGAACCUGGUUCUGAGGAAGGUUCUGGGUCCGGCGGUCCAUCAGAGGGGGUCCCACGUUUCUGCUGACCACCUGCGUUUUGACUURAGCAUCAAGGGUUCACUAAGCUCCUCCCAGCUGCAGCAGGUAGAGAGGUGUGUCAAAGAUGUCAUCUCAGCCAAUCAGAGGGUCUACAGCCAGGAGGUUCCUCUGCAGACAGCCAGGACCAUCAGGGGACUGAGGACAGUGGACGAGGUGUAUCCAGACCCUGUUCGGGUGGUGUCUUUGCAGGUCCCGGUUUCUGAGCUGCUUGACAGCAAGACAGAGUCUGAGACAUCUGUGGAGCUCUGCUGUGGAACGCACGGGAAGAGGGACACGCUUUGUCUCAGCAAGUAGAAGCUCUGUCAGCCAGACUCUCAAGCUCCACCCCUUCCAGCUCUGACUCCUCCCAGCGUCUGUCCAAGGAGGCGAGCYUCCUGUUGGAUGCUGUGGAUAACGCUACCAUCCCCCAGUGGCAGCGCAGGGAACUGCAGGGCCGCCUGCGAGGACUGCUGAGGGCCAACAACACGGUCACCAGGAAACUGGAGAGCAGAGAGGCUGCACACAGAGCCCAGGUUCUGCUGGAGAAGAACGGCAGGAAGGAGGUUCUGGUGGACUCUGUGGAGGRGGAGUCUCUGUCGGUUCUGAUGAAAAUCGUGAACCAGCUGUGCUCCGCCUCUCCUCUCAGUCAUGUGAUGCUGCUGGCCCCCCAGAGGCAUUCUGGGAAAAUUAUUUGUGCCUGUCAGGUUCCUAAGGACUCACCGGCCCUUGCUGCCUCUGAUUGGGCGGUGGCUGUGUGUCGCCACCUCGGGGGGAACGCUGGGGGCUCGGCUGUUGUUGCCAGGGGAACCGGAAGCCACGGUGACAUCACAGAGGCCCUCAGGUGGGCAGAAGACUURGCUCGUCAUAAGACCCAGUGAUGAUGUCACAGUGACUCCUCCCACAGCUGAGCAUUCAUUGGUUGGCAGUGUCAUUGGAUUCACUCGUUUCUAAUAAACGUAAAGAUUUUUGGUUUGAGAAGAAA